AUGGCCUCAGAUGGCAGCGGACAGGAGGAGAUUCCAGGCGAGGAGCGCCGUGCCUUCCCCUCCCUACAGUCCUACGCACGCCAAGACCGGGUCACUCGGGCCGCCUACCUCCUGCUCGAAGCCAAGGAAGCUUCCAAGGAGCAGCUCGAGUUCUUCGAGACCUGGCUGAAGGUCGUCUUCGACGAGGCGGUGCCUGUCUCCUCCGAAGGAGGGGCACAGCUCCGAGUGCCCACGGACGCCGAGAGCUUCGAGCUGAGCAUUUCGGGGCCCAAGGAGCUGAUGCUUCGACUGGCGAACCGCUUCUUAGAGGCCUGCAAAGUGCCGGACCUGCGGAUGAUGCAGCAGCUGACCCAGCUGGAGCAAGAGCUGGAAGAGCCCGACGUGGCCUUGUGGUGUAGGAUCAAGCGCAUGGGCCAGAAGGAGGAGGCGGUGGAUGCGGGCUUCCACAUCGAGCACUUACUCGAGUGGCUGGUCGCGGACAUCGUGGUGCCCAAAAGCGAGGACCAGGCGGCGUUGCGGAACAACGCCAUGUCCAACCGCCUGGUGCCCCACGCCUACGCGGCCUCCCUGCUGCCCUGUGAGCCCGAGAGCUCCUUGACCUUCGACAUGGAGACGGGGUCCAUGAAGAGCUCCAUCCUCUCGGGGCUCUUCAUCUUCAAGGCCCUUGGCUUCGCGAAGCCCGAGGACCUGGGGCUCACCGCCAUCACCCACGUGGAUGCGAUGAAGUGCCACCUGGUGGCGCAGCUGGGGCCCCGGGGGUUGACGCGCAUGGGGCUGCGGUUCCUGAAGCCCAGCAGCUCGCUGAGUCAGGAGUUGGCCUCAGCCUGCAACAUUGGCGUGGAGGACGUUCUUGAGGAGGUGGAGGCAGAGUUGCGAGUGCAGCCCUACUUCGUAGAAUACGCGGCGGAGAAGAGGGGGUAUACCAUCACGGUGGGCUACGUUUUGUGA